AAUCGUGGCCCGUUUUUUGCGAGUUUCGACCUUUGACUAACUUCAAGACUUUCAUGUAUUUUAAUUUAGAGGAUUAGAAGAUACAUACAGAGACGUACAGUUAUGGUAUAUUAGCAUUUACAGCGACAUCUAGUAUAAAUUGUGAUAUAGGAGGGAAAAAUUUUUCUCUGCAAAUACAUCACAGUACAUCUGCUGGACAUCAUAAACACGUAUAGAAGAAAUAGAACUGUUAAAAAUACUGAAUGUUAAAUAAAUAAUUUUACUAUUAAAUUGAUUGUCAAGAUAUUUCCAUGCAGUUCGAUUAUAUCUCUUAAUUGUUUAAAUCAGAAGAGAAAAAAAAUACAACGGUUUGAGGUUAUUAAAUAGAAAAAUGAACAGCAAAAAGAAACCAAAAUCUCUAUAUGUUCAAAAGUUUCGAAAUGAUUGGCUAAUGGACCCAUUACUUAAAGAUUGGUUGACAUCAGUUGUUAACGAAGCUGGCGAAAAAUUAUCGAAAUGUUUGAUGUGUGGGACAACUUUAAAAAACUACUACAGUACUUUAAAAGAUCAUGCUUCUGCCUCUAAGCAUGUACGAUUAAUUAAGGAAAUUACAAGCGCUAAUCAGCCAAAAUUACCAUUUAAACCAGCAAACGUUUCAAAUAUUCAACAAGAAGAAGCUGGCUUUGCUUUAUAUAUUGCUGUACACUCAAGUAUCAAUGUAUACUAUGUAAACUAUAGUUGAUCAUUUAAGUGAAGUUAUUAAUCAUACUCACAAAGAUCAAGACAAGAUUAAACUACAUCGCACAAAAUGUGGAAAUAUCAUAAAAAAUAUAAUUGCACCACAUUUUUUUGAUUGUUUAAAAAAUGAUUUAAAUAAUCAGCAUUACAGUUUGUUACUUGACGAGUCUACGGAUGUAUCUGUGUCGAAAUACCUUGGAAUAAUUAUAAUUUAUUAUAGUAAUGCUCAUAAGAAAGUUAUAUCUACAUACUUAGACCUUGUUGAGCUAAGAGAUUGUGAUGCUUCAGGUAUAGUUUCAGCGAUAAAAAAACAUUAAAUCGUUAUGAUUUACCCAUUAACAAUUUAUUAGGGAUAGGUACUGAUAAUGCUUCCGUGAUGGUUGGAGUAAACAAUGGUGUUUCUGCUAUUUUGAGAAGAGAAGUACCUCAUCUUGUUCUCGUGAGAUGUCUUUGUCACUCAUUAUAAAUAGCUGUGUCUAAUGCUGCUAAAAACUUUCUACCGAGAAAUUCGGAAUUUAUUAUUGAAGAAACCUAUAACUGGUUCAGUAAUUCUUCACAACGUCAAACUGAAUAUAAAGAUCUCUAUGCAGCAAUCCACGAUGACCAAAAUCCGUUGAAAAUGGUGCGGUCGUGUCAAACGCGGUGGCUCUCAAUCGAAUCUGCCGUUUCUCGGAUAUUUUCUCAAUGGUUAGAAUUGAAAACACACUUUUCUAUUGCUCGAACUAGAGAUAAAAGUUACAAAGCAGAGCUGUUGUAUAAAAAUUAUGAAGAUGAUAUGAAUUACGCUUACAUUGCAUUUUUAUGUCCUAUUUUAGUAGCGGUCAAUAGAGUCAACAAAAUGUUCGAAACUAAAGAUGCAAACCAUACAAAAUUGUGUGAUGAGUUAAAUGGUUUAAUUGAUAUGUUGGUUAGUAAAAUAACUUUACCAACGCAGAGAGUGAAUAUUUUUACUCAAAAAAUUCAAGACUUUGUUGAUAGAACAUGUUACCUAGGCUAUAAAUUUGAAUCGUUCAUGUCAGGUAUGGUCGCAAAAGGAUUUGACAAAAAUCAGGAAAUAAUUAUACGUGAAAGGUGUAUUCAAUUUGUUGUGGAUCUGAUCAAUCAGAUAAAAGAACGAUUACCUGAAAAUUUGAGUAUAAUGCAAAAAAUCAACAGGAUUAGUGUUGAUCAUGCUUUAAGUCAUAAUAAAGAAUCUAUUGUUGAUUUGUUACGCCAUUUUGGCAAAGAUGAUAAUUAUAUAGCCAAAGCAGAUGACCAGUGGCGUCGUAUUCAUCUUUUGAAGUGGUCAGAAACAAAAAAUACUAAUAAAUUUUGGUAUGAAGUUCUUGAAUUUAAAGAUUCACUCGGUAAUUCUCGCUUUAACGAAUUAGCCAGUUUUGCUAUUUGUUUACUAACGCUUCCUCACUCGAAUACCGAUGUGGAAAGAUUAUUUAGUACUAUGAAUUUAACAAAAACAAAACAACGUAAUCGUAUGAAGCCAGACAUGUGAAAAUCAAUUUUAACAAUUCGUGGAGGAUUAACAAGGGAAUCAAAAUGCUGCAAUAAUUAUGAAUUUCCUGCUGAUGUGAUAAAAAAAAUUAGAACCAACGAAGUUUAUGUAAAGUCCACAGAUCUCGAACAGUCUAGUGAUGUUUCAUCCAACGAGGAUGAAUAGCUUUAUUAUUAAUAUUCUAAGCAGAAUGUUUAUUUGUUAUUUAAUGAGAGACAUAUAUAUACAUACAU